AAAAAAUGCGUAUCUAAUGAGGCAAAAGCACAGAAGAGCAGCGACCCUUUGGUCAUUUUGUGGAUGCUGAAACUCCAUUGCGCCUGUUUGGAAGUGAUGAGUGUUGAACACAGAGCUCAGUCAGUCAGUCAUUACGGGGACAGUAUGGAGUUCAGGUCACUCUCUGUAAUACUCUCACUGACUGUCCUUAUGCUCAGUGGACAUACUGAUGAUCAGCCAGUGGUUAAAAUUAAAGAGCCUUCUGACCAGAAAGAAAUAUUCAUAGGAGAGACCGUCACUCUAAUGUGUGAAAUAAAGGGAGAAGAAGGCCGGGUGUGGACUUACAGCUGGUAUAAGAAUGGAAAUGUUCAGCCAUCUGAAGAGCAAAGUGAAUACACAUUUAAGGCGACCGAAAUUGACACAGCUGAAUUUACCUGCAAGGGAACACGGACUCAAGGUGACCCAAUGAGCACAAAAAACAGUGGUCCUGUUAAACUGUCUGUGUCAGAUAAACCCAAACCUACACUGACUGUAGAUCCAGAGAGUCCUGUGUUUAGUGGAGAGUCAGUCACUCUGAAGUGUGAGAUUAACCCUCGUGAUGGAUGGACAUAUCAGUGGUAUAAACAGAAUAAACAGAGUAGAUGGACUGCAGUGCCUCAGUCUGAGUAUUACACAGUAAACAGAGACACUCUCACCAUCAGAGAAGAUGCUGUGAUUAAUGGAGAUCAGUAUCAGUGUAGAGGAGAGAGACGUUACAGACCAACAUCAUCACAGUACAGUGACUCUGUUACACUCACUGUAAAGGUUGUACCCAGAGCUACACUGACUGUAGAACCAGAGAGUUCUGUGUUCACUGCAGAGUCAGUCACUCUGAAGUGUGAGAUUAACCCUCGUGAUGGAUGGACAUAUCAGUGGUAUAAACAGAAUAAACAGAGUGGAUGGACUGCAGUGUCUCAGUCUGUGAACUACACUGUAAACAGAGACACUCUCACCAUCAGAGGAGAUGCUGUGAUUGAUGGAGAUCAGUAUCGGUGCAGAGGAGUGAGACGUGGCAUGCUUAAAUCACACUACAGCAACUCUGUUACACUAAUCAUGAAAGUGUGA